GCCCUCCUGCGCGCCCCUCCCCCGGCCCAGCGCCCGGUCGCCCCCUCCCCCGACGCGCACGCCCCGCCUGGCAGCUGGCGCCCCGGGCCUGGGGCCGCAGCGGCAAGAGGGGUUUGCUGGAAGGGCGGGAGCUGGCGAGCGAGGGAGGGAGGCUGCCCCCCGCGCCCCUCCUCCUUGCCUCCUCCGCUGCCGCGGCCCCUCCUCCCGCCGCCUGCCUCCUCCCUCCUCCCUCCCUCCCUAAGACAUCCCCGCACGGCCCGGCCGCCGCGGCCACCUUCCCUGCCCGAGCUGCAGAUGUGGCGGAGCGGCCGGGCGCCGGGCGGCCGUGCCAGGGGAGUCCGCGCCCCGUGAGCCUCGCGCCCCGGCCCCCGCCCGCUCCGGCCCCUCCCCCCGCUCAUCCCCCUGCCGACCCCCGACCGCCGGAGCCCGCAACCGGGAGCCCCGUCGCCCCCGUCGCCGAGGUUCCUGCCUAAAGCCCAGCAGGGAGCCCCUGCCCACUGCCUGCACGACGCGAGCACCCCACCCAUCGCCAUUGCCAUGCAUUCCCUGGACGAGCCGCUUGACCUGAAGCUGAGCAUCACCAAGCUCCGGGCGGCGAGAGAGAAGCGGGAGAGGACACUGGGUGUGGCCCGGCACCGCGCUGUGCACCGGGAGCUCGGUCUGGUGGAUGACAGUCCUACACCUGGCUCCCCGGGCUCCCCACCCUCAGGCUUCCUACUGAACCCCAAGUUCCCUGAGAAGGUGGAGGGGCGCUUUUCCACAGCCCCUCUGGUGGACCUCAGCCUGUCCCCACCAUCUGGGCUGGACUCCCCGACAGGCAGCACCUCGCUGUCCCCCGAGAGGCAGAGCAGUGGAGACCUGUCUGCAGCGCCUGCAGCCCCGGACUUCCAACGCUGCCUGGAUGGUGUCCCUAGCUCCUUCCACUUCUUCCUGCCCCUGGGCUCUGGGGGUGCCUUGCACCUGCCCGCAUCCUCCUUCCUCACCUCCCCUAAGGACAAGUGCCUCUCACCAGAGCUGCCCCUGCCUAAGCAGCUGGUGUGUCGCUGGGCCAAGUGCAACCAGCUCUUUGAGUUCCUGCAAGACCUGGUGGACCACGUCAACGACCACCAUGUCAAACCUGAGAAGGAUGCUGGGUACUGCUGCCACUGGGAGGGCUGUGCCCGCCAUGGCCGCGGCUUCAACGCCAGGUACAAGAUGCUGAUUCACAUCCGCACACACACCAACGAGAAGCCGCACCGCUGCCCCACCUGCAACAAAAGCUUCUCCCGCCUGGAGAACCUGAAGAUCCACAACCGGUCCCAUACCGGUGAGAAGCCCUACGUGUGCCCCUACGAGGGCUGCAACAAGCGCUACUCCAACUCCAGCGACCGCUUCAAGCACACACGCACACACUACGUGGACAAGCCCUACUACUGCAAGAUGCCUGGCUGCCACAAGCGCUACACAGACCCCAGCUCACUGCGCAAGCACAUCAAGGCCCAUGGCCACUUUGUGUCACAUGAGCAGCAAGAGCUCCUACAGCUGCGCCCACCCCCAAAACCUCCGCUGCCUGCCCCUGACGGCGGCCCCUACGUUAGUGGGGCCCAGAUUAUCAUCCCCAACCCUGCGGCCCUCUUUGGAGGCCCUAGCUUGCCCGGCCUGCCCCUGCCCCUGCCCCCUGGCCCCCUUGACCUCAGUGCCCUGGGCUGUGGGAAUGGUGGGGGUGGUGGGACUGGUGGGGGCAUGGGCCCUGGGCUGCCGAGUCCCGUCCUGCCCCUCAACCUGGCCAAGAACCCAUUGUUGCCCUCACCCUUUGCAGCUGGUGGACUGGGCCUGCCUAUGGUCUCCCUCCUCGCCAGCUCCGCUGGCGGCAAGGCUGAGGGGGAGAGAGGACGUGGGUCAGCGUCCACCCGGGCCCUGGAGGGCCGAAAGACACCCCUUGAAAGGACGGAGAACAGUCGCUCCCGGCCAGGCCCUGACGGACUCCCUCUGCUGCCAGGCACCGUGCUAGACCUAUCUACGGGCGUCAGCUCGGCAGCCAGCAGCCCGGAGGCCCUCAACCCUGGCUGGGUGGUCAUCCCUCCAGGCUCUGUGCUACUGAAGCCGGCUGUGGUGAACUGAGCCACCCCAGGCAGCUGUGGCAUCCCUGACGAACAGAAACCCUCUGUGAAAUAGCAAUAAUGUCCUUGACCGGGCAGCAAGGAUGGUGCUAGAAAGUCGUUGCUGGCUUCCUGGCUACCAAGUGAGGACUUGGACCCGCCGUCCAACAAGAGCUGUGCUCUUGGCUCUUGGGUGCUGAGGCCUCGCUCACCCCUAGCCCUCCUGCCCCACAGCUUUGGUGAGGCUCCCUCCCCCACCAGCCUCCCACCCUGGUGCCUCCCCUCAUG